AUGGGUGGAAGAAGCCGGCCUCCUGAUUCUUCAAAAAUGGCCGAACAGCCUACUGAGAAGAAGAAAGGUCUUGGCGAGUGGAUGAACUUGAUAAAGCCUGUCAAUGAAGAAAAAGAUCAUUGGAUUCCUGAUGAAGCAGCUACCAAGUGCACUGCUUGUGGGACAGAUUUCAGCGCAUUCGUACGUAAGCAUCAUUGCAGGAAUUGCGGAGAUAUAUUCUGUGACAAGUGCACCCAUGGCAGAAUCGCACUCACAGCUGAUGAGAAUGCUCCUCAAGUUAGAGUUUGUGAUCGAUGCAUGGCAGAAGUUACUCAGCGGUUGAGCAAUGCUAAAGAAGCAGCCAGCAGAUUGGCUGGAUUGCAGAGUCAUGAGGAUCUUGCCAAGAAGCUUCAGGUGUCUUACGUCUCAAAAUUUUCUUUUGGCAUCAUUUUGUUUCCUUUGAUAUUUCAUGUAUACCUGAUAGGCUAAUCCUCUAGGGUCAUUAUUUUUUUCUUCAUAGUUUUCAAAAUGUUGAGUGUAUGUAUAUGAGAUAUCUUUUCUUGAUUGAUGUUGGAGGCAUAUAUUUGCCAGAAAUUUUCUUUCAUGGGAAUUGCUUUAUUGUUGCUUUUUCUUCUUUUCUUUACAUUGGCUUUGUCUUCUUACCCUUCCCUUUACUUCGUAGGAGUUUCUUUUAUUUAUUUAUUUAUUUUUAGGGGAAUCCUUCUUGUAUCUUCCAAUCAGCUCAUAUAACAUCUGGUUUCUCAUUACUUUUGGCUUUUGUCCUAGUAUGUUAUCUGUAGUUUCUAACAAAGCCACGGUUGCUGGUUUGUGUUAGGCUGCCCUUCUAUCUGGAAUUUUUACAAUGAACUCGAGGUGUGAAGUAGAUUCUUGUGGAUUUGACUGAAUUGGAGAGAGAGAGACAGAUGUUAAUGCUAGAAAAACUGUCAGUUUGUGCAGACAUGGUGCCUUCAUGCUUUUAGGUUUAGUUUGUUUAUACAUGCUUCUUGCAACUAAGUUUGCCAACUAAUGUGGAUCUAUUGGUGUUUUCUGAUGAUGCCAGGCGAUGUGUAUUUCUUCCGUGUUCACAAUAAUAGCCAUUUUGAAUUCGUCCCAUUCUUACAAUAGUAGAAUUUCAUUGACUUUGGUCUAACUGUUUUUUAUUUUUAAACUUUUUUAUAAUUCAUGAUGUUUGUGGACACUAGAUAGAUCUAUGUAGCUUUUUCGAUGAGUUCUGAGUAGCACCCUAUUUUUGUUUGUAGUUGAUCUGAUGUUUGUCAUUUUUUACAGGAAGAGAUGGAGAGAAAUCGCAAGGCAUCAACAGGCUCCAAGUCGGAGGGAUCUGGUAGGCGGAUGAAAGAGGUUGCCUGUCCUACUUGUACAGUUCAUUUGCAGGUUCAAGUUCCCAACUCCGGUUCUGAGACCAUAGAGUGUGGGGUUUGCCAAAAUCCUUUCAUUGUAAGCGGCCAUUGAUGUGUUCCUCGAUAAAAGGCGACAUAUAUUUGAUUUGCAAUUUGUGAAAUUCAAUAUCUUACCUGUAAUGCUUUUUGAUGCUAAUAAUUUGGGUCGGUAUGGAAUCUUCCCUUUGGUUUGAUUUAUUAACUUCUUGUAGCUAUCUCAUCUGUUUUAGAUUUGGUGGUUGUAUAUGAAAGUUGGUGCUUCUGUUAGUGGGGUGAUGCUUUUAUGUACAUGCAUGCCUGUGUAUUUAAAAUGGAACUCUUGGGGGUUUCAAUGUAUACAUUUCUUGGGAAAGUGUGCCGAAUAUAUAUUCUUUUU